CGCAAAAUACAAGAUGGAUGCGCCCAUAAACAAAACGUUACGUGAUACGCGAGACCGCUCGUGCAGUUAGAUGAAAUCGGAAUGGUGCUUCUUGGCUUGCGCGAUUGUCGAACUUUGCUAAAGCAUCGCCUAAGAAAUUCGGCGAAUUAGGAACUUUGAUUUUUGCUGGUUCUGUGCUCCGUGGCAACUCCUGUAACAGUUAUCGCCGGCCGGCGAUGUAUACUCAGGAUUUGCAAGCUGAAGAGGCAGAGGUUCUACUUUCGAUAUACGAUGGUGACGAGAACUUUAAGCAGUUAUCCGAUAAAGUGUACCAGUACAAAAUUGGGGAUAAUGACACCCACAAGUCGUUCCUCAUUGAGAUCAGUUGGCCUGAGCAGUACCCAAUGGAGCUUCCAGUUUUUAAUAUGCACACCUUCUACAACAAACACAUAAUUCCGGAGGUCAAGGAAGCAGUGGUAGCAGCGCUUAAAGAGCAGGCAGAGUUGGAACUGGGGAAUGCUAUGACGUACACGCUUCUUGAAUGGAUCAAGGAGCACGCAGAGGAACUAACGGAAAAACAGCCAGAGGUGGUGGCAGCUACAGAGGUUGAGGAAGAACAGCCAAAGGAGCCGCAGAUCUCAACUAAGAAGGAAGUGAAGCAACCCAAGCUCAGCAAGAACCAGAAACGCAAGCUGGCUGGUCGUGUACUUCCCACUGGAGAGCUUCCCAGGGGUCAUGACUGGGUCGACGUAGUUAAACACCUCACACAGACCGGGUCAGCUGUGUCAUAAACAAGCACUUUGAUUAGAAAACUACAGUGAUUGAGAUAAAACAAUGCUUUUGUGAACCUUGUAAAGCAACACACAUCCCUGGAGACCAUGUGUCAGUCGUAGUGUAUGAUUCACUGCAACUGGAGCUGAAAUAUAUUUCUCUACAUUCAUGUUGUGAUACCGCAGUCUUAAACAUGGUCAAGUGUAUGUGUCUGCUCCUUCUCAGUCCCUGUCGUGUUGUACUACUCCGUGCCAAUCAUGAAUCCCAACCAACUAGCCCGGCAAUGUGCCCUAGCAAGUCCCAAAGAAAUUCUUUUGCCGUGAACAUUACAGCACACUUGUGAGAAGGAAUUGCAAUAGCCCACUCUUAACCAAAAAGUACAGCAUUUAAGGUUGAAUGUUACCCAAAAGUGCCCAGAAAUUACUUUUUAAAGUUUGCUGUGCUUUGACCAUGGAGUUCUCAUAAAUGUUGCACAUCUGCACUCGUGAGUGGCCUCAUUGUGCCUGUGCCAGCUGCUACCAAGUUGGCAUACAGCACAAUCCACAUAUGUCGAUGGGGAAGUGGGAAAAUCUAAUAGGUUUUACUGUGUGUCAUUGUUUUCAAUGUCAUUAUAAACCUUCAAAAUAUGAUGUGGUAGAUAGGGCCAGCAUUAAAACCCAUUACUGUAAGUGGACUGUGUUGUGCUAUUUGAACUGACAUUAUAGCAGUGUUGCACUGUCUUGUUUCCUUUCUUGCAUGUGUGUGUUUCCUACGGAGCGUACAGGUCGCAAGUUACGUGUCUCACCACAACAGACAGCAGCGGCAGUCAAAUUUGUUCACUACUCAUAUGUUCUCACGCAACGUAGGUUUAACUGGUCAACUAAAGGAGUCCCGCAUGAAGCAGAAAUCUACCUAGUUUCCCUCGUAAUUGUACGCACAUGUUUCAUUCAGUAGGCAUUAUCACCUGUUGACUUAACAAGAAUAAUUCACUUUUAAAGCAUAUGUGGGCUCCCAUUCAUAAACCUGUACCACGGCACAGCAAUGUUGCGAUACGCGAUGGUGUGCAAGACACUGGGGCAUUGGGACCAGCUGUAGAAGCUUUGUAGCUAUGGCACUGCACAGUGGGUUCCAUCACGACAGCCACACAUUGAUGGGGGCAGAAUUAAAAAACACUUGUGCACUUACAUUUAUGUGUACAUUAAAAAACCUCAGGUGGUAAAAAUGUUUACAGAGUCUUUAAUUAAGACAUGCCUCAUGAUGAGAUGCUCGUUUUGGCCCGUAUGACACCAUACUAUCAAAUUUAAACUGUAUAACUGAGCAAGUUCCCUUGAAAUUUUUGAUAAGGACAUAAUGCAAAUGGAAAUUCACAUGGUUAAAUGUAAACAUAAAUGCAAUGCCUGCAGGUUCAUUUUACGAGUGCCUCAAGCCCUAAUAAAAGUAGUACUGAAGUUGCUGUGUUACGCUAUUGGACUGUGUGCUCGCAGACAUAGAUCUUCCCGUUAGAACUACUAAAGGGAAAUCUUGUUGUGGCUUCAGACAUCUUUGUGGCUGUGUUAAUCCUGUAUACCUUUAUUGGCUAAACUACCAAGCAAUUGUAUUUUUGCACAGUCAUGUUAAAUGUUGCAUUUGCACUGCAGUAUUUUAUUGACAAUGGCCAAUUUUAAAAGUCACAACGUCGUUUAAAGCCUGAAAGAUAACAUUUAGGCAAAUCCAAGUGCUGAAUAUUAUUCCCAUUGCGACAAAUGAUUAUGGACAGUAGCACGAAAUUUGCCUCCAUAAUUAUUGCAAGGAACUAUGUUCCCAGAAGCCAAAGAUGUUAAUUGACACCUGUUAAAAAUCUGGUACCGAAUAAUUACCAGAGAAUUGGCAUUUUGGUACUUCACAAGCUUGCUAGCAUGCCUGGCAAGCUUGUCCACCUUCCUCCCCAUGAGCUAAAGGAAAAUACUAAUGUUGAACUAUUUUCAUGCUACUCAGUUGUGGAGUGAUCGACAUAAUGCCCAAUGCUGCAGUAAGGAGUUGCACUGGAUGUUGCAUCACAGUGAAAUGAAAUUGUACCUAAAGGUUAUUCAUCUGGACUGUCACUUUUAACUUCCCACAGGCCUUGUGUCCUGCAUAUUUAAAAACACAUAAUGUUGUGGGACAUUAACGACAUGCCACGGUGCAUGUUUGUUAAGCUGGGUGUGUUCGGAUUCCUCUGCAAUUGCAAAGCUUUUCUGCAAAGCACCUUUUCGCCAGGUUUGUGGUCUCGAUGGUCAUCUUGACAAGCUCAUGUGAACUUUUUACAACUCUGUGUAACAGAGAAAAAUUAUUAAAACUGCACAGAUGCAGCGUGUCUAAUGAGACUAUGAAUCAAAAUAUAAUUCCAAGCUUUUUUUUUUUUCUUAUAAAAACCAUCUUUGAUAAUAACAUUUACGCUUGCUACUAUAUUAUCUGGUACUUUUGAACUUCAAAAUAUGUAAUUCAUCAUAGGUUUUUUUAUGUCACAGUGCUGAUAUUUGUGUGCUGUUAUUGACAUGAGCAAGCAAAGCAAGGGCAUUUAUGUUUAUGUAGAGCUUGCUGCUGGAUUUCUUAAAUGAACAGAGUAGUCGUUAAAACCGUAAACAACCAGAAACUCGGGAGUUUGGAACAAGACUUUAUUUUUCAUGGAAUACCAACAGCAGACUUUCCGUGGCUUUUGCCACAGAACUUGGCUGCAAGAAUAUACAGAAUUAAAGAAAUAUUUACUCAU